CUUUCUGAACAAAAGUCUCUUCAAUUCAGUCCAGCUUGAGACUUUCAACCCAACAAACUCACCAUGGUGCCUCUCUGGGUAUUGAUGUUUCUGGCAGUUGCAGCUGCAGUUCCUCUGAAUGAUGAUAAGAUUAUAGGGGGAUAUGAAUGCACCCCUCACUCUCAACCCUGGCAGGUUUAUUUCACCGUUGAUGGAGACCGCUGGUGUGGGGGUUCCCUAAUCUCACCAAGGUGGAUUAUUUCUGCUGCACAUUGCUACGUGCCACCUGAGACCAUGGUUGCUCACCUUGGAGAACAUGACCUUAAUAAAAAGGAGAGAAGCGAGCAGCACAUCCAAGUAGAGAGCAUCUACAUGCACCACGGCUACAAUGAGCAUACUGAUGACAAUGAUAUCAUGUUGGUUCAACUAGUGGAACCUGCUCAAUAUAAUCAGAAUGUUCAGCCCAUCCCAGUGGCAAAAAGCUGCCCAAAAGCAGGGACUGAGUGCCUUGUGUCUGGCUAUGGAAAUCUGCUUGCAUAUGGUGUGACGUACGCUGAUCAGUUGCAGUGUCUGGAUCUACCCAUCCUGUCUGAAUCCAGCUGUAAGGCUUCAUAUCCCAGGCAGAUUACUGAGAACAUGUUCUGUGCCGGCUUCCUAAAAGGUUUAAAGGAUUCAUGCCAGGGUGACUCUGGUGGGCCACUGGUUUGCAAUGGAGAACUCUAUGGAGUGGUCUCAUGGGGAAGGUACUGUGCCAGGGAGGAUUCUCCAGGAGUGUAUGCUAAAGUCUCUAACUAUCUGGGCUGGAUACAGGAUAUCAUAGAGAACAACUAAAAAAAAGCAUCAGACUUAUAUAAAGUAGAUUGAAGUGAUUAUUUCAUACAAUAUAUACAGUACCAUGUAAAUGUGUCAUUCUAUGUGUUAAAUGUCAAAAGCCACAAAUAAAAAUAAAAACAACUUGAGGCAUCA